CACGAAAUUGAAUAGAGGUUAGAAAUAACUGUCAAAGUGUUAAUUAAUAAUUAAUCAAUUAAUUGUUAAUAAUUAAAUGAAGUAAUUAUUGUUUAUCGCAGUAUCAUUGAAUGUCAUCUAUGAACAUAUAAAUUAAAGACGAUGAUUUAGAAACGUUGUUUACCGUUCGUGAGUAAUAUCGACCGUUUAAAAAAAGGUGAAAAAUCAUGGCGCUUGAGUGUGCUCCGCAAUUAAUAAAAAAAUUGUGAAUUACAAAUAUAAGAAGUUUAUCAAAAAGUUUUGCAAUUUUGUUGAUUUAUCAAUAUAUUAAAAAUGUCUCAAUGUUUUAGAACAAUAUCUUAUAAAUUUCCACCAUUUAUUGGCACGAAAAAACAAGUCUCACAAAUGAGCCGACAGCUGCCAAAACACAUAAAAUGUUCAACAUUUUUGGAAGAGUUUUUUGGAACACGAAACAUUUUAAAUUCACAAACGUUACGAGAUGUAUCGAAUGAAAUUAUUCUACCUUAUCUUGCAUUUAAAAAUAAAAUUGUCUCGUCACUGGAUAUUCCUCCUCGAGAGAAUCUCAUUUCUUUGAGAGAUAAUGUCAGAAAAGAUGUGAGACAAGUAAAAUAUAAAGACCUUCGUAGACAUCAUCUUUCAAAUGUGAAAUCCAUUGAUUUUUUACUCGAGGAAAAUUGGAGGAUUAGACAAAAAUUUUCGAAAAUUACACGAAAACACAAUAAAGAUGGAAAUGUGAUUCUUUAUGACAAAUUUUCCAUCAUUAAUAAUGAUUUGCAUAUUAAUAAAAUUAUUUCACCAGAUAAAAAUAAUUCCGAAAUUGUUUUUAUGAGUGGAGGAAAUAAUCUACAGACAGAAAAUGAAAAAAAUGUCUCUAAUGUUAAUGAAACACCGAGUCAAGAGAAACUUGAAAUUAUUUUUAAUAAAUUGAAAAAAGAACUACCACUUCUAUUUAUCAGAACAUUAGAUUAUAGAAUAUACCAUAAAGAUUUUGUAUUUGAAAACAAUAUUCGAGGAACAAGAACGACAGGAAUUUUUCCUUACGUGAGACAAAUUGCUUUAUUAAGAACUCUUGGACAUAUAAAAUUUGCAUACGUUAAAUUUGAUAUAUUAAAAAUGACUAUGCACCCAGAGGAUAACAGCAUAAAAAUUCGUUGGCGCAUUAAUGGAUUGCCAGGAUAUAAAAUUUUACUAAUGUUUUGGAAAUUCAAUGUUUUCAAAAUUCAGGAAUCUAAAAAGCUCCAAGAAUCAUGGUACGAUGGAUUUUCGACAUUUUAUGUUGGAGCUGAUGGAUUAAUUGUGAAACACAUAGCCGAUAAAAUGAUGCCAGAUCAAGAGAAGACGCCGGUGAAGAAGGAAGAAUCAGUUCCAGUUGCAGCCAAAUUAACAUUAUUUUCAAAUGUAAAAAAUAUUAAACAACUAUUGCCAGAUGUGGCAAUUCUAUUUUCUAACAUUGGCAAAGUAUUAUCAUACAAUGGACGAAAAUGGACAUUUUUUGAGAAAAUUGCAUUUAAAAUGAAAUGAGGUACACACAAUGAAUAUUUAUAUAAUAGAGAAAAUUAAAUACGCA